UUAGUUUUCCUUCUCUCCCUUUCCGUUUCCAAAUUCUCAGAUCUCAUCGUUCCAUCAAUGGCUCGUACCAAGCAGACUGCUCGUAAGUCUACCGGUGGUAAGGCUCCCAGGAAGCAACUCGCCGCCAAGGCUGCAAGGAGAUUAACACCAACAACUGGAGGAGUUAAGAAGCCACAUCGCUAUCGUCCAGGAACAGUUGCUCUUCGUGAAAUCAGGAAAUACCAGAAGAGUACUGAACUUUUGAUCAGGAAGUUGCCUUUCCAGAGAUUAGUUCGUGAAAUCGCUCAAGGAUUCAAAACAGAUCUUCGAUUCCAGAGUCAUGCUGUUCUUGCUCUUCAAGAGGCUGCUGAAGCUUAUUUAGUAGGAUUGUUUGAAGAUACUAACUUGUGCGCAAUUCAUGCUAAGAGAGUCACGAUCAUGCCUAAAGAUAUUCAACUUGCAAGGCGUAUUCGUGGUGAAAGGGUUUAGGUUCUUUAGUAUGUUUUCUUAGGUUUUAUUUUUAGGGAUGGAGGAUAUUCAUGACAAUCUUUGUUUCAUGAAUUUUAUGUUGUAGUUUUUUUUUCCUUUUGUUGAAGCAUAAGUGUUAGUUUCUGUUGGGUUUUCAUUAUA